UUCCAAAGAAGAAGAAGAGGUACACAAACAGUCGAUGGACAUCGAUUUAGCUCAUGAUGGUGGCUUUUGAUGCGUAUGACAAUUUAUUCGCUGUUCAUGUUCUUCUUUGACGGCGAUGAUGAUUUCAGUAAGCUACAUCUUGCUGUGUGGACAACUACUCCUGUUACUUACAGUAAUUCUUUUGCAAUGUUUGGAAGGGAUCCAUUCCCAAAACUCGUCGACCACAGACGCAGCUACCGGUUCAUCUGUUCCUGGUUCGACAGUACUUCCUUUCUCCGACCAGACCCCAGAAACUGUCAAAUAUGAUGUACCAGUUGAACGUACGAAUUACACAGAUGCAUUUGAGUACACGGCUCAGUCACCCGUCGUCCUCUGCAGUUAUUUGCCGGAGGAGUUCAUCUACUGUCAGGACCCUGUAGAUCAUGCUGGGAAUCUUAGCGCAUAUCUGGAGAUGGGCCACGGGUGUGUAGGGUGGGGAGGCCAGACUAAGAAAGAAGUGAACCACACACCGGUUGUCUGCACUGCACUUGAUGAUAUUGAAUGUGCCGGGCCCAGAGAAUUCCUCAGAGGGAACGUACCAUGCAUCAAAUACACAGGCCACUAUUUCAUCACCACUCUGCUGUACUCGUUCUUCCUUGGUUGCUUCGGUGUUGACCGCUUUUGCCUGGGCCACACGGGGACAGCGGUGGGGAAGCUGCUUACACUGGGAGGUUUAGGAAUCUGGUGGUUUGUGGAUCUGAUUCUGCUUAUUACAGGUGGUUUGAUGCCUAGUGAUUAUAGCAACUGGUGCACUUACUACUGAUCAGAAGAGCAAUGCCCCAAAUUGGACAUUCCCAGUUCUAUAUACCACAUGCUUCAGAGAACAGCAAUGUGUUUUCAGGCUGCUUCCAUACUACCCAGCUGCAGUCCUGUAAGCUUACCUGGGGAAACAUCACGAUACCGUUGUACCACUUGUGGUUUCCUCAUGAGAAAAAGAUGCAGUCAUAUGUAUACGUAAGUCAGUCAAAAGACAAGGAAAGAACUACCAUUGAAUCUUCCGUCCAUAAUUUCUGCGAUGCUGAACUACUUGAAUGCAUUUUAAAGUCGCAAAGUGCAGAUGUUAGCAUAACAUAAAUUUUGUAACAAUUUGAUGGAAUAUAUGCACUUUAUUCCAAAGUCAACCGAUGUUGGCCUUCACCUGUGUUGGCUGCAACAAGUAAAUUGAUUCGCAUUGCUGCAAGAUGCACGUCAGUUGGGUUUUUAACUUCAGCUUGACAUCAAAUGAAAACAUAAUAUUGCUCGCAGAGAUGAAAUUUCCAUCUGUGGCAACAUCCGUCAAGUAACAUCAUUUACAACUUCUAAUGACUUGAGACCGACGGUUGCGAGCUUCUUCCCUUGCGGGCAGAUUGCGUUGCCUCACUAUUUUUCCUCAUACAUUUCACCAAACAUGCGGGAAGUACAACUGCAGGGGAAGAUGGCUAAAGUGGUUUCCUCAUCUCCUUUUCUGGUUGUCUGUAAAUUGGUGGCGUUUGAAAAUAAUGUGUUAAAUGUGUCCAACUGAGUUGAGGUGAAGAAAAUGAUAUUCAAGUUCCACUUUCUCUUUUAAGUCAUGUAUUUCUUUCAUGGAACGUAACAAAACGUGAUUGCACAUGUCUUUAGUAGAAAACAUGUUCUAAACUAUCCUAUCCCAGUUAAAAGGGUAAAUUCGUAGCCCUGCAUAAUUUUGGAAUUGUCGUUUGUUACACAUUCAAUCAAGUUGAUGUGAUUGAAUCUGCUUAAGUAUUGGUUUAACAAUGUUUAUUUCUCAAAUACAGUAAUAUAUGUUGGCUAAUUUAUCUAGUAUGAAAUAAUGUAAAUAUAUUGUUGCUGACUAUGUAAAUAUAAAAAUAACUACCCAACUGUUUUAUGUUGGAUUUUUCUCUGUUCUCUACAAUAUUAAAAUAAAGAUUCUUGUACUUCUGUGAA